UGUGGACUUUGUAUUUUGCAAACAGAGCGAAAACACGCGAGAAGACGAAUGACACGAAUAAAAACAGAUAAAAAUGGAAUGACGUGAAGAAAAACAAUUAUUGUGAAGGACGGCAAGGAUGGGAAGGGAUCCGGUGUCCUUCGUUCGUCUGAUUUGAUUCGUUAACAUUGCCGAUUGUUGUAAAUCGUCGGCAAAACGCGACGAAAUUGUAACUGUAACGAGAAAAGGCGACGGCCGGUGCGAAACGAGCGGCGACGCGAGUUGACACUGUAAUAAGAGGGCGCGAUACGAGCCAAAGGCAAGGACUAUAACUAGCAGGAAGAAUACUGAAUGAAUUGUAAGAAUUGAUGCUGCGUGCGAAGAAAAGAGUAAUUUGCAGUCCUGGAGGUGUUUUGAAUUGUUUUACGCAACACGAUGGAGAGGAAGGAGAAGAACUUUUCUCCAAAGCAGCCGGAGACAUUGCGAUACAGGUACAAUGAGAGUACCGAUCUGUCGUCUAGCAUGCCAAUACUAUUUGAAAGACACUUUGCGAUCUCGGACGUGCAACGAGACGCGCAGACGUUACCCGAGCCGGGGUCUAUGUUCGCGGAACCGCCGUGGCAGUUGGACCAAUUGCAGAGGAUGAAGAGAGUUCUGAACGAGGUGAAGAGCCGCCUGAAUAACUUCAAUCUCGUCAAAUGGCAGCAGCACACGAGCCGGAUGAACGAAGCGGGCGACAUCGUGCGCGCGGUGAAGGAGAGAACACAGGGGGAACUUGUGACUCAAGCGUGGUGCAAGUUCUACGAGAUCGCCAGCAACUAUUCUCUGGUGCCGUUGAACGAGAUCUGCCGCGACGACGGUAAGAACUUCAGGUCCGUGCACGUUUGCGAGGCGCCGGGCGCGUUUGUGACCGCUUUGAACCAUUGGCUGAAGACGAACGCGCCUGAUGUACGGUGGGACUGGCUGGCUACCACCUUGAACCCCUACUGCGAGGGAAAUUCGUACGACAGUAUGGUCGCGGACGAUAGGUUUAUCAGGCAUACUCUGAGGCAUUGGUGCUUCGGCGACGACAACACGGGCGAUAUCAUGGAUCUGAGAAACUUGGACGCUCUGGUGGAGAAGUCCGAGUCCGCCGCCGACGACGGAGGACGAAUUCUGUUGGUCACCGCGGACGGCAGUGUGGACUGCACGGACGUGCCUGGAGAGCAGGAGAGCGCCGUGGCGCAAUUGCACCUGUGCGAGACAGUGGCCUGCAUGCACCUCUUGCAGAAAGGCGGUAACUUCCUGCUGAAGCUCUUCACUCUAUUCGAGCACCAAUCCGUGUGCCUGAUGUAUCUGUUAUCUUGCGCCUUCCAUCAAGUUAGCGUGACGAAGCCAGCUAGCAGCAAGGGAGGAAACUCGGAAAUGUAUGUCGUCUGCAUGAAUUUCAAGGGCAGGGAUUACGUAGCGCCGUAUUUGCCUAUACUCAGGCAUCAUUAUGGCAACGUGCCGCCCGCGAAUGCGAUGUUCAGCCUGCGGGAUAUUCCGGACGAUUUUUUACGGAGGAUCGAACAGUGCAGCGAAUUCUUCAAGUACCAUCAAUGCCGGGUCAUAAUGGAUAACAUAAAGACGUUUCGCUCGAGGGAGAAUUAUUCCGGCGCGGCACGAUUUGUCAGGGGACUCAUCAGUUUCAAAUAUCUCGAGGACUGCAAAUUAAAAAAAAUAGAUCCUGCGAACGAGAUAGUCGGCCGGGAGAUAAUCGAGAGGAACAACAAUCAAUUUAUGAAUAAAAAAUUGCACGUCGAUUCCUACAACGAGCGUUGCAAGAGGCAAAACUUAGGGCCGCAAGAGCGUUUGUUGCAGAUAUGGGACAAUGCGAAAGAGAUCGAAGAGCCGUCAGAAAAAUUCUACGUUUGGCACCUACAGGCAUUACCGGAUGCUUUAGAGAUACAAACAGGAAAGUUGUUUAACAAAGUACGCAGUUCGCGCUUUUGCGACUUGCAAAUUCUGCAAAUAUUAAUCAAAAUUGACAACGUAAUGCAAGAUAUGCGCACCACCGUCUGCUUUCCACCGUCAGAAAUUACGAGAGAGUUCGCACAGCAGAUCGAUCGGAAUCACGAGAUACUGAGCUUCCAAUUCGUUCAGGAUUACGACAGCCAUCGGACAAUUGCCGAAAUUUACGAUCGAUUAGAGAAGCUCCAAUCCGAGCAAACACUCAUUCUUGUCGGUUACCCUUUGCUAACGCAGUUAAAUAUUGGUCUCCUGUAUCUCUUGGGAAAUACCUUUAACAAGAUUAUCGUAGAAGUUCAUGAUAACGAAGGCUAUCGUCUUAAAUUGGAGACUUAUCGGCGCAAUGAGAAAGUACUGAAUUGUUUACGUGAAAUUUUGACAGCGUCGCAUAACGCGCGCCAAGAAAAUAAGGCAAUUUGGUCGAUAAUGCCUAUGAAAGUUUUAUAUGAAUGCGACCAGUUUCCUGCGAUGAUGCUACUUAAUCAUCUGAUGAUCAAACUAUACGUUCGUCACGUUAUCAAUACGAUAGGCGAUAAAAAUCUAUAACAAUGUGGGAAUUAUAUACUUGAUAUAUGAUGAUUGUAUAUAAAAUUAUAAAUAAUUAUACGUGUAUAUAUAUAUAAAAUUAUAAUUGUGGAUUGUGAAUGAUAAAUGGGAAUAUGUAAAAAAAAUAUUGUCCUCUAAGUACACUUAAUCAAUUGUGGAUAAUAUAUAUUUGUGAAUAAAUAUAUAUAUAUAUAUAUGUGAACGAUGUGAACACAGAGCUUUGUAAAAUACGCAUUGUGAAAAAGUCAUAAAUAGGAAAUAGACUGCAUGCAUGAGAAGAUAGAACGAAAAUGAUCCAAGGCAUUUGUGGAACGUGCUUGUUUUAUAAGAGGGAUGAACACUAUUUUGGAAUCAUAUUUAAUACAUAGAACAGUGAUUCUGCCUUUCUAAGAAAAGGACGUAUACCACGGGUUAUUCAUGGGACUAACAAAACAGUGCGGUGCAAAGGCCCAACGACUGUUUUGACACGUAUCAAAACAGUGUAAAAUCCAGCGUCACGCUUUAGACAUCGCCGCACACAAAAAUGA